AUGACGAUUCAAUUUGUGACCUUUGGGAUGUUUAUUAUUGAUGAAUUUUCCUUUGCAGAUGAGCAAGGGAAACCUACCGGAAAGACGAUCGGAGGUGGAGGAACCUAUGCUAUUAUCGGUGCUCGCAUCUGGUUGCCUCCAGAUACCCUUGGAAUGAUCAUCGAUCGAGGAAACGAUUUCCCUCAGGACAUGCAGAAUCGGUUGUUGACAUACGGUUCCGACAUAUGGCACUUUCGUGACGACACAAAUCGCCUUACUACUCGGUCAAGGAAUUCGUACAAAGGACAAUUUCGAGGUUUUGAAUACAUCACUCCGCGGAUCAGACUGACGCCUCGCGACUUGGAAAGAACGCGGCUUACACGUCCUGCUUCGGUUCAUUUCAUUUGUUCACCCACGCGCGCGCUUCAAAUAGUAUCAGAGAUCCAAGAGGUUGAAAAAUGGAACCCGACCACAAUAUUCGAACCUAUACCUGAUAGAUGUAUUCCCGAGGAGUUACCUUCACUGAAAGCAGUCCUCCCACAUAUCACAAUCCUCAGUCCAAAUGCUGAAGAGGCCCUGAGCCUGCUUUCUCUUCCGUUAAUUGUUACGAAAUCUGCCGUAGAAAAUGCUGCAUCAGAGUUUUUGAAGAUGGGUGUGGGUAAAGAAAAUAGUGGAAGCGUUAUAAUACGCAGUGGUGCCCUCGGUGCAUACGUCAUGACCUAUGACAGGAAAGGGCGAUGGAUUGACGCAUUCUGGAGUUCCGCUGAGAAUAUUGACAACUUGAUGGUGGUCGAUGUCACAGGUGCUGGCAACUCUUUUCUUGGCGGGCUCGCUGCGGGAUUGUCCAUCACAAACGGAAAUGUCUAUGAAGCAGCACUAUAUGCUUCGGUGUCAGCCUCUUUCACGGUUCAACAGCUUGGUCUUCCACACCUUACAGUGGGUUCCGAUGGAGUGGAAGAAUGGAACCAGGACUCUCCGCAUAGACGCCUUGAAGCUCUGCGGCAGCGACAAGACAGAAAUAUAAAAUAA